UCACUUCCACUGCAACACAAACACAACACAAGUCCGCCUGAAAAAAUGGAGUUCGCCGUUUUCUCUCUCCAAACCCUCAUCUUCGUCCCCAUUUUCUCUCUCCUCCUCCUCUACAUCUCUCUCUACGCAAAACCCAAGAAAAAUGAUCCCCCCACCCACGGCUUCAAAAUCUACCCACUCGUCGGAACCCUCCCGGAUUUCCUCCGCAACCGCCACCGCUUCCUCGACUGGAGCACCGAAAUCCUCUCCCGCUGCCCAACCAACACCUCCGUCUUCCACCGUCCGGGAAAAGUCCACGGCGUCAUAACGGCGAACCCCCAAAUCGUGGAGCACAUGCUGAAAUCGAACUUCGACAAUUACCCAAAAGGCCCCCGCUUCCGAACCCUACUGCAGGACUUCCUCGGCACCGGAAUAUUCAACAGCGACGCCGGCGUCUGGAAAACCCAGCGCAAAUCCGCCAGCCACGAAUUCAACACCAAAUCCCUCCGCAAUUUCGCCAUGGACAACGUCGCCCUAGAGCUCCGCACACGAUUAAUCCCCAUCCUCGAAACCGCCGCCGCAACAGAAAAAAAACUCGAUUUGCAGGACACGCUCGAACGAUUCGCCUUCGAUAACGUAUGCAAGGUGGCAUUCAACGUCGAUCCGAACUGCCUAACAGAGAAAAAAGACGAAGAUUUACUAUCGAGAUUCAUCCGAAACCCUAGAAAUAAUUCCCCCCAAUUUCUCAGAGACAUUGUAAUUAAUUUCAUCCUAGCAGGGAGAGAUACGACGUCGUCUGCUCUCUCUUGGUUCUUUUGGCUACUAUCUUCAAAACCACUAGUGGAACAAAAAAUCCUCAAAGAACUCGAAUUUACCCGUAAAAAAAACAAUAAAUCACUCGGGGAAAGCUACGGUUUCGACGAGCUUCGAGAAAUGCACUAUCUCCACGCGUCGAUUUCCGAAGCAAUGAGACUAUACCCACCCGUACCGAUCGACACGAAGGCGUGCGAGAAGGACGACACGUUACCGGACGGCACUUUUAUCGGGAAAGAUUGGUUCAUUUCGUACCACACGUACGCGAUGGGUAGAAUGGAGAGUAUUUGGGGGGAGGAUUGUUGCGAGUACAAGCCCGAAAGAUGGAUCGAAAACGGGGUUUAUAGACAAGAGAGCCCGUUUAAGUAUCCGGUUUUUCAUGCGGGCCCGCGGAUGUGCCUCGGGAAAGAAAUGGCGUAUAUACAAAUGAAAUUGAUUGCGGCCUCCGUUUUGGAGAGAUUUGCGGUGGAAGUGUUGAUGGAGAAAGAUGAGUGCCCGGAGCAUUUGUUGUCUUUGACGUUAAGGAUGAAGGGUGGUUUACCGGUUCGAGUGAAGGAGCGAAUUGUCUGAAAAAAGUAAUGUUGGGGUUCUUAAGGUAAUAUUUAUGAUGUUAUGGGUUGUCUUGUGAUUAAAUAAAUACUUGUCUUUGUAUGUUUGUAUGUUUGUUGUUUGGCCUUUCUCUUUGUACAAAUAUGAUUAUAAGUUAAAAUAUUUAUGUGUGUCAAUUUAUAUGAGGUGGUUGAUUAUUCAAA